AUGCGCCACGAUAAGCACCGUGCUAACAGCCCCCAGAGCAAGCACAUUGUCAGCGUCUUCAAGGAGGCCAAGGCCGCCUACCGCGAGCGCAAGGCAGAGAUCAAGGCCGAGAAGGAGGCUGCCUACCAGCUGAAGAAGCUGAACGAGGGCGUCAAGGCCGUGCGCAUCGACGACGAUGUCCAGUCGCGUGCAUCGUCGCAUCGCUCCAAGAAGACGACAGCCACGCGCUCCAAGAGCCACAAACCCUCCAGCCGCGUGAGGCCCGGCAUAGAGCGGGGCUAUACCGACAGCUUCUAUGCCAACGACAGCCCGCGCACGAGCAAGCACCGCUUCGAGGAUGACCUCGCAGGAAACGCACAGGAUGCGCACAGGAUGGAGAUUGUUCGGAGAAACUCGGACCAGGCCGUCCAGAAGUCGAGCAGACCAGAGCCGCGUCGCAAGUCAGAGGGCUACAUAGACAUGGACCUCGCAUAUGGCGACAUCCCGCCUCCACUUCCCGCGAAGAAGUACGACGACGGCGAGUUGAAGGAGAAGGCAUCCAAGAUCACCAUGUUGCUGGACGAGGCCAACUGCCUGCAGUACUCCGUCACCCAGACCAUCGAGAACCUGCAGAAGAACCCAGAGGCACUGGCCGCCGUCUCACUGACACUUGCUGAGAUCAGCGCCAUCGUUGGCAAGAUGGGACCCGGAGUUCUUCUGACCCUCAAGGGCAGCUUCCCCGCCGUCGCUGCCCUCCUCCUCAGCCCACAGUUUAUGAUUGCUGGAGGUGUUGCUGUUGGUGUGACCAUCGUUGCCCUUGGUGGCUACAAAAUCAUCAAGAAGAUCCAGGCCGACAGCGCCGAGAAGGUAGCAGCACCCGUGGAAAUCCCGAUGGCGCCCAUGCGUGCCAGGGUUGACUCGGGCGCCGACCUGGACCAACUGGACGAACUCGAGCCCGCCGAGCUCAGCCGCGUCGAGCUGUGGCGUCGUGGCAUCGCAGACGUCGAGGCUCAGAGUGUCGGUACCUCUAUUGACGGAGAGUUUGUCACCCCCGGCGCAUCAAGACAGCUCAUCGCCGCUGGUGUCCUGGACGAAGACGACCUCAAGUCUCGCCGCAGCGCCAGAAGCCGAGUGAGCCGCGCCGACAGCGAACGCCGUCCCAAGUCGACCCACAAGGCCAAGUCUGAGAAGAGUGUCAAGACAACCAAGACUUCUGAUACCCGAAGAAGCAAGACCGUCAAAGAGACCAGCACCAAGAAGAAGGAGAAGGAACCCUCUGGUCUGAAGAUGCUGUUCCGCGCGCACACUCACGCAUAG